GCCUUAGCUCCAGCUUCUUUUCUGCCUUCCUUUCUAAAAAGAUCCCAGCUGUAAGAGUCCUGGAGACAUGGCACCCCUGUCCCAAAAGGGCUUCAUGUCAGGCCCCAAAGUAGAGCCCUGUCAGCUUGUCACCACACUUCCCCACCCAACGUGGGCACAGCCCAUUCCCAGGUGGCAUGUACUGUAGGACUUUGUAAGAAUGCUGACACAGAGGGGAAAGGUACUGGAAGGAAUCACAGCUCUGAGAAGACAUCCCAGAACUCUAUUAAACCACCAGGAGGGUCAUCCUCAAGAGAGCUACAGCCAAAGUCUGGAGCUGUGGCUUCCCCAACCCUGGUUUGAGCCCACAGCCCCAAGGAGACAAGCCAUAUUGAGGCCUGGGCCAGAGUUCAGGACUAGCCUGGGAGUUCCUCCAGACCUGCCGCCAGAGCCGGGCUGGGAGCCCAUUGCCCUUUCUUCUCCAAGCCAGUAUUUGGCCAUAGCCAAAUACUGGGGAAACAGAGGGACCCUGUGGGCCAGAUGGGGGUGCUCCAAGCUACGGCCCUUUCCCUACAGGCCUGGCUACAGCAGUAUGGCUACCUGCCUCCUGGGGACCUACGUACCCACACACAGCGCUCACCCCAGUCACUCUCAGCUGCCAUUGCUGCCAUGCAGAGGUUCUACGGUUUGCGAGUGACAGGCAAGGCUGAUGCAGACACCAUGAAGGCCAUGAGGCGCCCCCGAUGUGGUGUUCCAGACAAGUUUGGGGCUGAGAUCAAGGCCAAUGUCCGAAGGAAGCGCUAUGCCAUCCAGGGCCUCAAAUGGCAGCAUAAUGAGAUCACUUUCUGCAUCCAGAAUUACACCCCCAAAGUGGGCGAGUACGCCACAUUCGAGGCCAUUCGCAAGGCAUUCCGUGUGUGGGAGAGUGCCACACCACUGCGCUUCCGCGAGGUGCCCUAUGCCUACAUCCGCGAGGGCCAUGAGAAGCAGGCCGACAUCAUGAUCUUCUUUGCCGAGGGCUUCCAUGGCGACAGCACGCCCUUCGAUGGCGAGGGCGGCUUCCUGGCCCACGCCUACUUUCCGGGCCCCAACAUUGGAGGGGACACCCACUUUGACUCUGCUGAGCCGUGGACUGUCCGGAAUGAGGAUGUGAAUGGUGAGCGAGGCAGCCCUGGGACUUACUCUGGGGAGAGUCAGCAGUCACUUGUAGGGGGGUGCUCUCCCUCCUCCCAAAUUCUCAGGGCUAGAAGGGACUGCAGAGAUCUCCUGCUCUGACUUCCGACAAAAGCA